UAGUUAGUCGGCCGCCGCGCGGCCCGGCGAGGCGGCAGCCGAGCUCAGUUCCCCCAAAAUUAUAAAAGCAGGAAAACUCAAGACAAGGAAACCCAAUAAGGCCAGUGAUUUCAGCGAUAUGGCAAACUGGCCAACACCAGGAGAGUUAGUGAGCACUGGAAAAACCUUUUUGCAGUCUCAGAGUGUCAUCAGCCAAGGAAAUAAGAAGCCACAAAUUAGAAAAGAAAAAGAAGAGAAGGUUGAAAAGAGGAGUAACAGUGAGAGCAAAGAAAACCGGGAAACAAAAUUAGACGGUCCUGUUGAAAAUGUGAGUGAGGACGAGGCCCAGUCAAGCAGUCAGCGGAAGAGAGCUAAUAAACACAAGUGGGUACCACUGCACUUGGACGAUGUAAGACCAGAGAGUCAAGAGAGACCUGGAUCCCCGAACAGCUCUCGGUGUCAACCUGAAGCAAAUAAGUCAUCCCAUAAUAACAGGAUAAAUGACACACGAAGUUGGAGGCGAGACAGAGAAAAAAGAGAUGAUCAGGAUGAAGUGUCCAGCGUGAGGAGUGAGGGGGGUAAUAUCCGAGGUUCCUUCAGAGGUCGAGGAAGAGGACGUGGACGGGGAAGAGGACGAGGCAGAGGAAACCCUCGAGUAAACUUUGAUUAUUCGUAUGGUUACCGAGAACAUGGUGAAAGGACGGAUCAGCCAUUUCAAACAGAAAUUAACACCAGUAUGAUGUAUUACUAUGAUGACGGUACGGGUGUACAGGUGUAUCCUGUGGAAGAAGCAUUGCUUAAAGAGUAUAUUAAGCAUCAAAUUGAAUAUUACUUCAGUAUAGAAAACUUGGAACGUGACUUCUUUCUUCGGAGAAAGAUGGAUGAGCAAGGUUUCCUGCCUAUUUCCCUGAUUGCUGGAUUUCACCGCGUUCAGGCUCUCACCACAAACCUUAAUCUCAUUUUAGAGGCCCUGAAGGACAGCACAGAAGUAGAAGUUGUGGAUGAGAAAAUGAGGAAAAAGAUAGAACCAGAAAAAUGGCCAAUCCCGGGCCCCCCUCCCAGAAGCGUGCCACAGACUGACUUCUCUCGGCUGAUCGACUGUCCGGAGUUUGUGCCAGGCCAAGCCUUUUGCUCACAUACAGUCAGGGUGAUGAUCUACUGAUGCCCUGGAUGUCAUCUGAUGGGGAUGUGCAGUGGAGCAGGUGGCUCACUGAAAUGCAUUGUAAAUACUGGAACAAACCGUGCUGCAGAGAUGGAAGCCACCAGACUGCCUUCCGUGUGAGAGUGUCCACUGCCGACCCCCCGGGCAGCCCGACAGUGGAGAUGACCACCUCUGCCACGACGGAGACAGAGCCGGGGACCGCUGCUGGCAUUCCAGGAGCUGCCUGCCCUUUUCUGUGUGACUGGACUCAGACGGCGUGGCUACUUUUAUUUGCGGGGGAAGCUAAUUGUUAUCACUGUGGAAAUACUGCAAGGUUCUGUCUUUUGUUUCCAGGCAUAUGUACUUGUGUCCAGGUCAAUAAAGCAGAGAAAGAGAGGACUGCGUAGCCUUUCCCAGCUUGCCAGGCCCUUGGCUCUUGGUCUGCCCUUUGCCAUGGUGAACAUUGCAUAACUCACGUGUUGAGAUGUUUCACAUGGACUGUAAGAUUUAUUAAUGUGGACAUUUAAGGGGUAAGAAAUUGAAGAAAUAAACAAGGGUAUUUUUUCCAUUAUUCUUCAAAAUGUAUUUUUGAUACAUCAGUAUAAGUCCUGCCCAUCAGAAAAGCAUUAAUGAUGGACAGUUUCACAGAGAUUUUUAUCUCAUAUUUCUUUGUCAGCCCUGUGCUUCUAAUCGCAGCAAGCAACUUGGGGGCAAGUGUUUUAAAAAGUUGAAGAAAUGUGACAUUGUUUGUUUGUUUGUUUUUUUAAAGAUAUAAUGGCUGAUUGUAAAAGUUAGAUUUAUUUAUUGUGUAAACUUGGGUCCAAGAUGACAUUUUUAACCAGCUUAUGAACAAUCAUUGGUAAGUUGGAUAAUAUAGAAAAUACUUUUUCCACAGGGAUAGUUAAUUUAGGUCAGUCAAGUUGGUGAUGCCUGUC